AUGUCGUAUCGACCCCACCCUCUACGGCAAACAUAUACAGCUGACCACAUUGACCGCCACCCGUCGACAACCUCGUCGGCUUCUUCGGGCUACUCCUUCUCCUCCGGCCAGUUCGACUUAAGUCGCCAAACCACUCAGUCGUCUUCAGCAUCUAGCGGUUAUGGAUCCAUGGGUCACAAGCGCGGCAAGAGUGAGGCCAAUGGCCGGCUCCCACCUUCGCCCAUGAGCCCAGAUACUCGUCCCCAGACCAGCACCGGCAAUAUGUACAGCGCCGCAAGGCAAUCACUAAGGCCAUUGCCACAAGCUCCCGUUUCAGCGCCCACCACCCCUCCUCGUGAACCCUAUCGCCACGACCGAGGCCAAUCCAUUGAUAUCGGGAAACUAGCUCAUUUUGAAAAGGAGCCCUCUUCUCCGAUACCCCCAUCUCGGCCACGAGCUUCCACCAUCCGCCCGCAUUCAAUGAUUAUGACGCGCUCCGAUGGUGCCAUGACGGGUACCGCUGGUCUCCCUCCGCCACAAGCACCUCUUCAUCAGCCCCAUGCGGUGCAGCUUGCUAGGCCCGACCUCAUGAACAUGGGCAGAUCGUCCACAAGUCAGCUGCGCACUUUGUCCAAGCUGGCCCAGUCCGGUGAGGCAGAUGAGUUCGGCAUCAUGGCUCCUGCGCAGCAGGUCGUCGGCAUGCGCAACCGUCGCAGGCUCCAGAAAGAACCAGGGUCAGGUCCUGCUGGGCAACGGAGCAGUGCUUACGGCUGGGAAGGCAGGAAUUGGAUGGACAAGCAACGACAAUUCCUGCAAGCCUACGAAUACCUCUGUCAUAUAGGAGAAGCCAAAGAGUGGAUCGAGGAUGUCAUACACAGAUCAAUUCCCCCAAUUGUUGAGCUCGAGGAGGCAUUGCGAGACGGCGUCACGCUCGCAGAGAUAGUUGAGGCACUCAACCCCAAUAAGAGGUUCAGGAUAUUCCGACACCACCGACUCCAGUACAGGCAUUCCGACAACAUCGCUAUCUUCUUUCGCUAUCUGGACGAGGUCGCGUUGCCGGACCUGUUCAGGUUUGAGCUGAUCGAUCUCUACGAAAAGAAGAACAUCCCCAAAGUCAUAUACUGUAUCCACGCACUCAGUUGGCUACUCUUCCGCAAAGGAAUAGUUGACUUCCGCAUCGGUAACCUUGUCGGACAGCUGGAGUUCGAGCACCAUGAACUGGAGGCUAUGCAGAAGGGUCUGGAUAAACUCGGCGUCAAUAUGCCCAGCUUCGGUACUAUGGGUGCCGAUUUUGGCGAGCAAGCACCGCCUGAGCCAGUGGAGACUGAAGAAGAGAGGAUCGAGAGGGAACUUUCGGAGCACGAGAAUACCGUCAUCGAACUGCAAACUCAAAUCAGAGGCGCUAUGUGCAGAAUGCGUCUGGGCAAGGUGAUGCAGGGUCUCUGGAACACGGAGGAUUGGUUGGUUGAUCUUCAAUCACGCAUUCGUGGAGACUGGACCCGCCAAGUAAUCGGAUACAGACUGCAGAUGAGACGCUUCGCCGUCAACCUCCAAAGCGCAGCUCGAGGCUAUCUUGUCCGCCGAAGACAGGUGCAGAAGGACAGGCUCUGGAAACAUGUUGAGGGCGACAUCCUCGACCUACAGAGCAUGAUACGGGCCGCUAAAGUCCGUAGCGAGGUACGCGACGUGCGCUCACAACUGGCUCGAGUGUCCGGGCCUGUUCGCGAUGUUCAGGCGGCUUUCAUGGGCUACCUUACCCGCCAGAACAUCGUUCGCCAGAAGCAGGAGACGGCUAGCAUGGCUGGCCCUAUCGUUGGGUUUCAGGCUGCUCUCCGUGGAGCGCUUCUGAGGAACAGGUUGGGCGACGACCAGGAACUCCUUGCGAAACAGGCUCAGGCCAUCACUGGCCUUCAGGCCGCCGCCCGGGCAAUGCUGACUAGAAACCAGGCCGCCGUGCAAAGAAAGACCCUUGAACAUUAUACCCCGGAGUGGGAGUCUCUUCAGGCUGCUUGUCGCGGAAGAAAGGCAAGGAUGGCUGUCAAAGAAACGAGAGCCGAACUAAGACAGCACACAUCAGCAAUAGAGUCGCUGCAGGCAUCUAUUCGUGCAGGCGCUGUUCGCAGGAGGGUUACGAAGCUUCUUGAUGAUCUGAGUGACCACGAACUUGAAGUGGUCGAUCUCCAAUCCGCCAUUCGGGGGAUGCUACAACGACAGCAACUUGCCGACGACCGCCAGGCGCUGGCGGAACAAACGCCUUUCAUCACCUAUUUCCAAGCAUGCAUACGUGGCGACUUGUAUCGCGCAAAGCAUUUCACAUUACUCGAGGAGCUCGAAUCUCAUGAGGAAGCGGUGGUCGGGCUGCAGUCACUUAUCAGGGCCGCGAUGCUUAGAGAAAACGUCGGUUUCCUUAUUGCCGCGCUCGAGGAGGAAGAGGAGUCCAUCGUCGCCGCCCAGGCCGCCGCAAAGGCCUUCAUUGUUCGAGCAAGGUUCGAAGAGAAGAAACGAUUUUUCAAUGAGAACAUGCAGAAGGUCGUCAAGAUUCAGAGUUUCGUCAGGGGAAAGCUCCAAGGCGAAGCGUACAAGAGUCUGACAACUGGCAAGAACCCACCAGUUGGAGCGGUCAAGAACUUCGUACAUCUGCUCAAUGACAGUGACUUUGACUUCCACGAGGAGGUAGAGUUUGAACGCAUGCGGAAGACGGUGGUUCAGCAGGUCAGGCAGAAUGAAAUGCUUGAACAGUACAUCGACCAACUGGAUAUCAAGAUCGCGUUGCUGGUCAAGAAUAAGAUCACUCUGGAUGAAGUUGUGCGACAUCAGCACAAUUAUGGUGGACACGCGGGCACACUCCUCGCGAACAGUUCCAUGAUCACAACUAACCAGUUCGAUCUCAAAGCCCUCAACAAGAGCUCCCGAAAGAAGCUCGAUUUGUAUCAGCAGCUCUUCUUCAACCUGCAGACACAGCCUCAGUAUCUGGCUCGCCUCUUCAAGCGUGUCCGCGAGCAAGGCACCGCGGAGAAGGAAUGCAAGCGUAUCGAGAUUCUGAUGAUGGGGUUGUUUGGAUACGCUCAAAAGCGACGCGAGGAAUACUACCUCCUCAAGCUCGUGGCGCGUUCGGUCAAAGAAGAAAUUGAGGCAUGCAAUGCGCUCCAAGAAUACCAGCGAGGCAACUUCUUCUGGACUAAACUUCUCAGCAACUAUACCCGGUCUCCACGCGAUAGGAAAUACUUGAGAGACCUUCUCGGGCCCCUGAUCCGGGACAACAUCAUCGAAGACCCUGCGUUGGAUCUGGAGAGCGACCCGAUGCAGAUAUACCGGUCUGCUAUCAACAACGAAGAGCUCCGGACCGGCCAGCCCAGCAGGAGGCCGCUCGACAUUCCUAGGGAACUGGCUAUAAAAGAUCCGGAGACCCGCGAAUUGUUCAUUGACCACCUCCGGGAUCUUCGCGAAAUCUGCGACCAAUUCCUGCUAGCCUUGGAAGACCUUCUUCCUCGACUGCCGUAUGGGAUGCGAUAUCUGUGCCAGCAAAUGUUCCAGUCACUCUGUCACCACUUCAAGCGAGAGCCACAGCAACACCUCCUCCAGAUGGUUGCCAACUGGUUCUGGCGCUUCUAUCUUCACAACGCAUUGACUUCGCCCGAAAACGUCGGUGUAAUCGAGAAACAGCUGAGUCCUCUGCAAAAGCGCAAUUUGAGCGAGGUCGCGAAGGUGCUUGGGCAAGUCGCCUCCGGACGACACUUCGGUGGCGAGAAUGUCUACCUGCAACCACUCAACGCUUUCAUCGGAGACUCAAUCGAGCGCCUAACUCACAUCAUGAGGGAACUCAUCUCGGUGCCCGACGCUGAAAGCACCUUCGACAUUGAUGAAUUCAACGACUUGUACGCAAAGAACAGGCCAACACUGUACAUCAAGAUGAGCGAUAUAUUUGCCAUUCACAACCUGGUGGCGACCGAUCUCCCCUUCAUUUGCCCCAACCGUGACGAUGUGCUGCGUGAGAUCAUGCAGGAUCUUGGUAGCGCCAAGAACAACGAGAACGAGAUGACAGCUACGGGCUCAUCCGAUAUCCAGAUGUUCCUCACACCGAAACUGCAUGAUGUCGAUGAUCCUGAGGCUGAGGUCAAGGCUUUGUUUAUGGAGACGAAGCGGUGCGUAUUGUACAUUAUACGCGUUCAAAGCGGUGCGCAUCUUCUCGAAAUCCUGGUCAAGCCAAUCACGCCAGAGGACGAACGUAAGUGGGAUAUGGUGCUGCGUGAAGACUUCUCCGGAAACGAUAACACCAGAGGUGCCUACUCUGAUGCCAACAUGGUCGAUGUCACGAGGAUGUCUUACCACGAGCUCAAGCGGACAGCGCUGCAAAACGUCAUGGCACUCGAGCAUAUGGGUCGGAUCUCAAAGCACAACUACUAUCAAGAUGUGCUCAACGCCAUCGCUCUCGACAUCCGCACCAAGAGCAGAAGAAGGAUCCAGAGGCAGCGGGAAGUGGAGGGUGUGCGUCUCACUCUUGGCAACCUUCACGAGAAGGCAAAAUACCUCGAGCAACAGCGGAAGAGCUACGAUGACUACAUUGAACAGGCCAUGUCAACGUUGCAAAAGAACAAGGGCAAGAAAAAGUUCCUACUCCCUUUCACCCGUCAAUACAACCACCAGCGCGAGCUCGAACGCAGCGGCCGCGUACCGAAAUUCGGCUCGUACAAGUACAGCGCGCGGCAGCUCAUGGAUAAGGGUGUGCUAGUUCAAUGGACAGGCACAGCGGACCGAGACUGGGACAAGAUCAACCUCACUAUCUCUUGUGACCAGGUCGGAGUGUUCGCGAUCGAGGGCUCACGGGGCCACAUCCAAAUUCCGGGCGCAAGUGCCUUGGUUCCCAUCGAGGACUUGCUGCAGGCGCAAUUUGAGAGCCACCAAUUCAUGACGCUGUUCGAAGGGAAUCUGAAGCUGAACGUCAAUUUGCUGCUGCAUUUGGUGUACAAGAAGUUUUAUAAAACUCAGUAA